UACAAGUCCGUGUGGCAUUGAAUACUCGUUUUUUCGACUAUAUCCAUUCAUCCCCUCUCUAUGGACAUGCGCAAUAUGUGUGUUUUCGCCCCAUGCCUUCUAGAAAGCACGAAUCGGCUAUUCGCGAGGUUGCGUUAUUUGGCUGUCGCAAUCUUGUGAAUCUAUUGCGAAUCGCUAAACAUUGGUCGAAUGGACGCAGAACUUCUUCCACUCUGCUAUGCUGGUCACCCGUUGACGUACUACUUCUGGCCAUGCUCUUUUCCCUGAAAAGCCCGGUCUCCGACGCAUCAGAGAACUCCCCUGCCUUAGAUUCCAUUCAAACUGAAUUGGACCGCUGGAAGAAUUUGAUAUUUUCUUUCGAUAUGGACGAGGAAAAUUCCAGCAGCUCCUCUAAUCCCUCUUCAUCUAAGCCCCAAAGAUCACGUUCUCCACCGGGCGCGUCUGGCUCACGAGACAACAAUAAUAGGGACCUUCAGGACGCAGUGCUUCUUGCUCAGUUUGCUGCGUCUUCCAAUGCCCAGCAAGUCAACGGGCCACUUGAUCCGUCCGUUGUUGCCCUCUUGCAGGCCUUGCAAGUCGUCCAAGGCCAAAGAUAUCCUCCACUGAAUCUUCAGGGUGGCCUGCCUCCAGGGAUACCGUUGCAUUUACUCGGAGCUCUUCAACAAAGUCAGGCACAACAGUUUUCUGGCGUCCCGAAUGUGCCGUGGCCUCAACAGCAAUCCUCAUCUUCCAGUGGAUUAUUCCCUAAUCAACAUCCAAACGCAGGAUUCCCUCCACAUAUGUUGCCCUAUUUUUACGACCAAAUGACCCAGUCAAGUUACUACCACGCACCACCUCCCCAGGGAGCACCGACACAGUCGGUGGCCUCUACAUCGACUCCUGCUCCUCCCACGGCUUCGCCGCCAGAUAUAGACUCUCCAGAAGGUGGUGCGGAUGACAAGCGUAAACGAAAUACAGCGGCUUCAGCUCGAUUCAGGAUCAAGAAGAAGCAGAAGACACUCAAUCUAGAAAGAUCAGUUUCUGACCUUGCUGGGCGCGCGGAAGAGCUAGAGAAAGAAGCCGCUGACCUCAGGAGAGAGAAUGGGUGGCUGAAAGAAAUUGUCAUGUUGAAAGGGAGUCGACUAGCUGGCGUGCAUUUAACACCAGACACAGUGUCCUCUUCUAUGUGGGAUCAUGGCAGGGCUUCGACGUUGAGUCCAAGUGGGGAGGGGCCUUCCGUUGAGGAGAAAGAUAGGAAUUCAGACUCGAAUGGUGAUUCUUCCGACUCGGAGUAUACUGGUGAGGGACGUGCAAAGGUAAAAGGGAAAGGGAAAGGCAAGGCAAGAAAGAGAUGAAUAACAGCAAUUCGAGCCGGGGCGUCGACAUUGGGUCAUUUGUAGUUUCUUCACGGACUAUGAGAAGAUAUUAUUUACUCACACGGAGCCCAGGGCUGAAGUAUCCAGAAGCAAGCUGU